AUGAAGAGCUUUCUCCUCGGCCUGGCCGGCAAGCCAUCACCGGAACCAGAGCCUGCCCAAACGGCGCAAGCUCACGCUCUCAAAAGUGGGACUGACCUGGCCGAUGCGAUCACCGAAGGCAUCAAAAAGCUUUCCACAUCAGACCGGCAAAAUGAUUCUCAAAACGAGCCGGCAGCUAGCAAUAGCCAAGAUGAAGCCGCAAAAACAAGGACGGCCUCACCAGACGACCAGGAGGAUUGGAGCUCGGGUGACGAGACGGUCGUCGAGCAGACAGUUGCACAUCCCAGGCAGGACAUGAUUGACCACAUCAUGAAGAGCUUGUGUACUUCCCUCGACACCAAAAUCACUGAGUUGACUCAGUUCGCCAGUCUCGCCAAAACUGAGAAGGCAUUCAGUGUCGCCGACUUGCCAGCAGCUCCCAAGAAGGGAAAGACACCUACGGCGGACAAGCCUCGAGAGCAGCAGGAAGCCAAAGAGACUCUGAAGGAGGAAAAGAAGAGCACCGAGGAGGAGGAAGUACCCAAGCCUAUGAAGCUCUCUGACCUGUCCAAAUCGAAGAAGCCAACCUCAACGUCUGCAGCUCCUCCUCCACCUCCUGCCCCAGCCCCCGGUGCUGAGCCUGAACAAGACUUUGCCUCGCUCAUGCUAACUGCCAAAUCUCAACCCUCUGCGGCCUCACCUAGUUUCCCGGCCACCUCUUUUGGCGCAUUGCAGUUCGCGAGCAUGCCGUUUAUGGCCUCGGUCAUGACGAAUUUCCCCCAAAUCGAACCUUCAUCUACUCAGCGGCCUUCCCAAAGCUUUUCUCGUUCCAUCAGACCGACGCAAACGCCAGCACCAUAUAUCGCACCAGCCCCAAGCUUGCCUCUAUCUCCGGCCCCUUCGCCGCCAGCAGGGGAUCACCCAUCACCACCAUCCUCUACAAAAAGGAAUGCCAAGCGAUCAUUGGAUGACGAGCUGCAAGGGCCAACAGCAGCUGAUUUGAAGCCUCACUUUGGUCAUGAAGAGGUCUAUUCACGCAGAAUUUCGGGUAUUUCGGCUCCUUUUGGGUUUGGCCGUCCCAGUCCGAGAGCGCCCACUGUAUCCUCACAGAUGCCACAGUCGCGACAACUUCAUACGGCUCCGCAACCUCGCGCACCCAACUUCCCACCAGGGCCGCCUGCUGCGUCUAGAUCGAUCCCAAGUGUCGACUCUUUCUUUAACGCCCCUCAACUUCCGAGAGAUUCGUUUAUUCCAGAGCAAGAAUUAUCUCCCAAAACGGUAGGUGAUGUUGCUACGCAUGCUACUGCAAGGCGGCAUCUCAGUGAAGCCGAGGUGGAGCCACCCGAAGACCACGACGGGAGACGCAAAAAGGCACGGCGAGCCACGUCUGAUAGCCCCGCCGGGCUGAUGAGAAGCGGAAACAAGUUUGCCUGUCCCUACUUCAAGCGGAACCCUCGCAAAUAUCAGAAAUGGACGUCUUGCCCGGGCCCGGGAUGGGAGGAAGUUCAUCGAGUCAACAGGACUCAUCUUUACAGACGACACAGGCUCCCAAUCCAGUGUCCUCGUUGUUGGGACACCUUUGAGGAAGAUACUAUUCUUCAAAAUCAUCUCCAACAGGACCCGCCGUGCACCAUGCAGCAAAACAGGAUUCCACACGAAGGCUUCACCAAGGAUCAGGAAAAGAAAUUGCGAAGUCGCAAAAAGGCCCAGCCAAACAUGACGGAUGAAGAUAAAUGGGUUGAGAUCUACAUGAUCCUGUUUCCAGACGAUGAUCCGGACUCUGUCCCCACACCAUACUACGAUGACCAGGACGACGAUAACGCUACCCCUGCCUCGGGCUUGGGUUCUGGUUCGAGCGAUCUGGAGGAUUAUGCAACGUUUCUCAGAAGAGAAAUGCCAACUCUUGUUCGUCGUGAGCUCGAGGUGCUCUUUCAAAACGAAUCCCGAGAUGUUGAGGACAGACUUCGAUCCAAGGUGGAAGACAUCAUGGUCGGUCUCCAACCAAAGCUAAUGAGCCUUUACCGCCAAAGCCAAAUGCCACUCAGCGAAUAUGGUCCGCCGCAGGACAUUCCUCAAUUGCAAAUCCCGGCAGAUCAACCAGCGCAGUGGGAUACUUUGAGCAGCAGCGAUCUCGCCACCCCUGCCAUGUCGACUGGCACCGGAACAAGCAUUGACCUGGGUGCAGGGAUGCAUCCGACGUCCCCAUAUCAGCAAAUGGCCGGCGGGGAGGGAUUUGAUUCCACCAAUCUCGACUACAGCUCAUUAGCAGGUCUCGAGUGGGAUGGAAACCAGCUGCACUCCAACACUGGCUAUCAGUUUCAACAGCAGGCCCAGAACCUGAAUUGGGAUCAAGAGUUCAACAAGUUGCUCAGCCCUGUGGUGUAUGCUCCGCUUAAUGGAGAACUCAAUUUUGCCACUGGGUUUCAGGGAAACUUUCAAGGUUCAUACCAGGGGUAA